AUGGGCCCAGCUAAUAUAUUUACAGCAGCCGUUGCUGCAUUCUCUCUCUUCAUUUCAUCUUUAGCUUAUAAUCCCAGCUCUAGGAGUAAUUUGGUCGUCUACUGGGGCCAAGGAGUCGGUCAGAAUCGCCUGAGCUACUUUUGUGAAAAAACCGAUUACGAUAUAAUUGUAGUCGGCUUUAUCAAUGUUUUUCCUGACCAAGGGCCAGGAGGUUGGCCGGGCAGUAACUUUGGAAACCAGUGUGCUGAUACGUAUUAUUAUACGGAAGAUAACAAGAAGACUAAGCUCCUGAAUGGCUGCUAUCAAAUAAUGGAAGACCUUCCCAAAUGCAAGGCACUUGGAAAGACUAUACUUUUGUCUUUGGGUGGUGGUGCUGUUAAUGAUUUCUACCAGAUUGAGAGCGAGAAAUCUGCUGUUAACUUUGCAGAUUUUCUCUGGGGUGCAUUCGGGCCUGUGAAACCAGACUGGAAAGGCCCUCGGCCUUUUGGGAACACUGCAGUGGAUGGGUUUGAUUUCGACAUCGAAAAGGGCUCGAGUUAUGGAUAUUCCGUCAUGGUCAAGCGCUUCCGAUAUCAUUUUGCACAGGAUUCCCAAAAGAAGUACUAUAUUUCAGCAGCUCCACAGUGUAUUAUGCCGGAUGCACACCUUGGAAACGCCAUGUCAAAUUCAGAAUUUGACUUUAUUUUCGUCCAAUUCUAUAAUAACCGCCCCUGCUCUUUAAAACAAUGGGUCACAAGUUCUAGCUCAGUAACAUACACCAUUGACCACUGGGUUCAAAACAUUCUCCAAAGCGGUAACCCGUCAGCUAAACUCUUUAUUGGACUUCCGGCCUCCAAGCAGGCGAGUGCGCAUGACGACUAUCUGACCUCGCAAGAAGUCAAUAAGGUAAUGAGUACUUAUAUGGUGAAAUAUCCUAAAACAAUCGGCGGCAUAAUGCUGUGGGAAGCAACCGAAUCAGAGAAAAACAAAAUUGAAAAUGUUCCCUAUGCUGAGACGAUAAAGAAGAUCAUGCUUGACUGUGACCCUAUCCGACCAACUAGCACUGUCACGAGCUUGACUGUCACCUCUACGACAAAGAUGUCAACGAGCUCUACCACCCAAGCUUCGUCUACAUUAGAAAGCUCGUCUGCCCAACUGCCUACUUCAAGUGUGACCACGGAGACAUCUACGUCACCGAGCGUUUCUUCCAGCUCUGCUUCAGAAACUACGUCUACCGAGAUUACGAAGACUCCAUCCAGCACUGGCCCUACGAGCCCAUCAUGGACUGUGACCAAGGCUUCCUCUAGCUCCGUGGCAUCUUCAAGUGAACCUGCAUCCAGCAAAACAAUGUCAACCGCCUCAGAUUCUCUGUCCAUACCUGCCACACUCACAACAAGUGCUUCUGAGUCGAUGACAGCGUCAACGAUAUCUACAUCUAGUGAAAUGACUUUUAGUACUAAGUCUCAAUCCGCAUCGUCCUCAGCUAUAACGGAACGGCCAUCAACUUCGGCGAUGACCCCAACAAGCUCGUCUGUCUCUUCCACGAGACAGUCAUCAAGUUCAGGAACAAGUUCAACGAGGUCUGCAUCCAGCGAGGCUACACUAAGCACACACUCUCAGUCUGCUUCAACCACUGCUAUCACUGGACAACCGUCUGGCUCUGUCACUCGCUCUGUCAGCUCGAUUUCAAUGGAACACUCUAGCACAAACGAUGCUACCUCCGGACAACCAUCAUCAACCCAGAGUGUGAGUGACACCAAUACUUCAACGGUUGGUAUGCCUUCUUCUGUUCCGACCAUUACUCGCCAACCAACUCGUGGUUCUACUUCCCCAUCCGGUAGCAGUAGUAGCAGCCAUAUUACAACUUCCAGACCAGACAUCCCUACACGUUCUGAAAGUAUUCCUGUCCCCUCGGGCACUGACACUGCGGACCCAACAAAUACGACUACGCCUCCAAGCCUUUCUGUAACACGCUUGCCCUCCUCUCCUGUGACCAAGGAUCACACAACACUCACAACAAUCAUCACUAAGUCCUAUGUCACCAUCUGUCCUACAGGCUUCACGACUGUCACCGCGACGUACACAACAACAUACUGCCCAGAUACAGUAACGCCUCGGCCCACGCAAGCGCCAACACCAGGGGCUCCACUCCCUUUACCUGACGGCUGGACAACAAUUAUCACUGAAUGCCAACAGUGCGCAGCAACGCCAACAACCGUCACACUCACGGUGCCUAUGAAGUCCGCGACGCUGCCGGCGCCUACAGAAAAGCGACCAGUUGUCACCGUCAUUCCUAUCAAGGACUCUAAGCCAAGUGUACCGGAACAAUUAACGACUCUUUCUCCUUCUAGGCCUGCCGUUACUCAAAAGCCAGAUGGCAUGAGCCCUGGACAUGUCAGUGGGUCGGCUCCUGUAGGCUCAGACGUAAAGGCUAGGCCAACUGGAGGGCAUACUCCAACUCUAUUUGAAGGCGGCGCGAUGAGCACUAGAUCGACGGGUGCAACGGUGAAAGCCAUGAUUAUGCUUCUUCUGAUUGGGUAUGCCGCGCUUUUCCUAGUGUAA